AUUUGGAAGAGUAAGCACUUGCAGAUAUGGGCGUCUUCGCGGCUUAUAGCGGAUGCUAGACGAGGGUGUUGUCCGCCAGAUGAGGUUGUUGGUGAUUUGAGAUCGUAUCCUGCAGCUGUUUAGUCAUCGCUUCGUGAGCCAUCCGUGCCUGCUAUAUGUAAGUCGAGAUCACUUCGGCGCGGCCGUAAGGCAAGGCUAGAAACAGAUAAAGGCUGAAGGUGCCCCGAGCAGUCAGGCAGUAUUGUACACCAUUUCUUGUCUACAUUCACACAUACACAAAGUACAAUACCUGCAGUGAAACAUCAACCUUGGUGGACGCGAUGGCUUCCGGCGCACACAAGCUCAUCCCAUCCGACCCGGAGAAGGUGAUGGUCGUUCGCAAUGUCACGCCCAACAUCAAAAUCUGUAGCACACCUUUCCUCCGCUUCGGCUACAUCAAGGUCGGCGGUCGCGGUACCAUUGUUGCCCUACAGUCGGGCAACCUUGCCGUCUUCUCACCUGUGGCAAUGACAGCGACCGUGAAGAAGGAGCUCGCAACGUUUGGCAACGGCCAAGUCAAGUACAUCACCGCCCUGGAUCAAGAACACCACAUCUUCCUGGAGGAAUGGCAUAAAGCCUUCCCCGACGCGAAGGUCGUUGGCCCAGACACGCUACCCGAGCAUCGCGACAAGCAGGGUUACUUCCAGAUCCCGAAAGAUCGAUGGGUCUUGAUGCGCAGCGCAGAUCGCGCGGGUGGCUUCAGCGUGAGCGAGGAGUUCGACCGCGAGUUCGAUACGGAGUACAACUCCUCUCAUCCCAACAAAGAGCUCAUCUUUCGUCACAAGCCAACGCGGACGUUGAUACAGGCCGAUCUCUUCUUCAACCUACCGGCGUACGAGCAAUUCAGCAAAACGCAGAUGAAUCCUACUUCUGGCAUCCUCACGAGGCUGUUCUCAGCUAUGAACAACACUCGUGGCGAAGCGAUCUGGCAGCGUCGCUUCAUUUGGUACGCGAUCAGCGCGGCGGACCGGAAUGGUUUUAACCAAAGUAUUGGCCGGAUCGCAAAGUGGGAUUUUGACAGGGUGAUCCCGUGUCACGGCGAUGUGAUUGAGCAGAACGGGAAAGGCACCUUCGAAAAGGUGUUCAAAUGGCAUCUGGAUGCUCUUAAGAAGGGUAACUAGACUGGCGAUGAGUAUCUUGU